AUGAGAGCUCCUAUAAUCCUCCUUCUGGCUGUACAGGCCUCGGGACAAGCGCUCAUAUCGAGUGACACGGCCUUUUAUGGCGAGUCCCCGGCCGUGUACCCGUCUCCCAAUGCCACUGGCGUCGGAGACUGGGAAGAUGCGUAUGCCAAGGCAGUUGACUUUGUUGCGCAGUUGACCUUGGCAGAAAAGGUCGCACUCACCGGCGGAGUGAGCUCAGGCAAUGGCUGUGCCGGUCGUAUCCCGGCCAUUAACGGCACCGAUUUCCCCGGCCUCUGUCUCAGCGAUGGACCGGCCGGUAUCAGAGGCACUAACUUGGUCUCUUCCUGGCCGGCCGGGAAUGCCGUGGGCGCUAGUUGGAAUCGUAACCUGACCAAACUUCGAGGUGUGGGCAUGGCCAAGGAGUUCAAGGCAAAGGGUGCCCAGGUCGCCCUGGGUCCUGUCGUUGGACCCCUUGGCCGGAUCGCCAACGGCGGCAGAAACUGGGAAGGCUUUAGUAAUGAUCCCUAUCUCGCCGGUGCUCUUGGAGCCGAUAGUGUUGAAGGUAUCCAGUCCGUUGGCGUCACGGCCAGCACCAAGCACUUUAUCGCAAAUGAACAAGAGCACUACCGAAAUCCGUCAGGAAACGUGGCCGCCGUUUCUGCCAACAUUGACGACAAGACCAUGCAUGAACUAUAUCUCUGGCCAUUCCAAGAUGCUGUCAAGGCUGGUACUGGAUCUAUCAUGUGUUCAUACAAUCGACUCAACAACUCUUAUGGUUGCGCGAAUAGUCUGACGCAAAAUGGUCUCCUCAAGACCGAGUUGGGUUUUCAGGGCUUUGUGGUCUCCGAUUGGGGAGCUCAACACUCUGGUGUGGCCUCGGCACUUGCUGGUCUUGACAUGGCCAUGCCAUCAGGCUCAUCAUUUUGGGGAAACAACCUGAUUGCGGCCGUCAACAAUGGCUCCGUGCCCGAGUCCAGGAUUGACGAUAUGGCAAUAAGAAUCCUUUCAACGUGGUACAAGUUCAGCCAAGACACUGAUUUCCCAGCACCGGGAAUAGGAAUGCCGUCCAGAGUGAGCGGUCCUUACCAGAGAAUCAUUGGCACGAGCCCCGACAGCAAGGAAGUCUUGUUGCAGGGUGCCAUCGAGGGACACGUCCUAGUCAAGAACACCAACGGCGCCCUCCCCUUGAAGUCACCGCAGCUCAUCUCGCUGUAUGGGUACUCGGCCCGGACCUUUGACCGCUACGCCUGGGGCACUCCCGGCUGGAACAAUGGCGAGGAGGCGCGUUCCACGGCUGACACCAGCACCACGCAGAUCGCCUCCAACGGUACGUUGUUUACAGGAGGCGGUUCGGGCGGAAACAUGCCGGCAUACCUGAGCUCUCCGUAUGAGGCCUUGAGCCAGCGGGCCUACGAUGACGGAACCCAUUUGUGGUGGGACUUUCAGUACAAUAGCCAAAACUCUCAGGUUGACCAAGGAUCGGAUGCUUGUAUCGUCAUUGGCAAUGCUUAUGCCGCUGAGGGUGCCGACAGACCAGGACUUCAUGACGAUUUCACAGACAAUCUGAUCCUCAACAUUGCUAACCAGUGCAACAACACCAUUGUCGUUUUCCACAAUGCCGGAGUUCGUCUGGUUGAUCAAUUCAUUGACCACCCCAACGUGACUGCCCUGAUAUUCGCCCACCUACCCGGCCAAGACGCCGGCCGCGCCCUCGUCUCCCUACUGUACGGCGACACCUCUCCCUCGGGCAAGCUGCCCUACUCGGUCCCGCACAACGAGAGCGACUAUGGAGCUCUCAAGAACGAGUCCCUACCCGUCGGCAUCUACGCCAACUUCCCCCAGUCCGACUUUUCCGAGGGCGUCUACAUUGACUACCGCGCCUUUGACCAGCAGGACAUUACGCCGCGCUACGAGUUUGGCUUUGGCCUGAGCUACACCACCUUUGGCUUUUCGGGCCUGGCCGCGUCCGUCGCCGCGGGAGCCAACACGGACGCGUACCCUAUCCAGCCUAUUGUCGAGGGCGGCCGGCAGGACCUGUGGGACGUUGUGGCCCAGGUGUCGGCCGACGUGGCCAACACGGGCUCCGUGCAGGGCGCCGAGGUGGUGCAGCUAUACGUCGGUAUCCCCAAUGGUCCCAUUCGCCAGCUCCGGGGCUUUGAAAAGGUCCUGCUCAGCCCGGGAGAGUCUGGGCAUGUUACCUUUGACUUGACGCGUCGGGAUCUGAGUACGUGGGAUACCGAGAAGCAAGAGUGGUUGCUCCAGGAGGGAGAGUAUCAGGUUUAUAUUGGCUCCAGUAGUAGAGAUCUCCCACUCUCGUCUACUUUGACCAUUUAA